AUGGACGAUGAUACUGGAACCGGUGGUUCUGGCGUCUUAGGAAGUGGUCGAAGUCGCAGGCGACAGUGGACUAAUAGAAAGGACGCUGGGGUGGUUGGACAGGCAGGAUGGACAAGCAGUGUCAUAAACUUGGUCAACACGAUCGUUGGUGCAGGAGCUUUGGCAAUGCCACACGCGAUAUCUCGCAUGGGAAUGUUUCUGGGUAUAACAGUUGUUCUUUGGGCCGGUCUGACAUCAGCGUUCGGCCUCUACUUACAGACGAGAUGCGCACGGUAUCUGGAGAGAGGCACAUCCUCCUUCUUCGCCCUCUCUCAAAUCACCUAUCCGAACGCGGCGGUCAUCUUCGAUGCGGCAAUUGCAAUCAAAUGUUUUGGUGUCGGUGUCAGCUAUCUCAUCAUUAUCGGCGAUUUGAUGCCCGGUGUUAUUGAGGGGUUCGUUGGUGGUACUUCCGGAGUUGAUUUCCUAUACGACCGUCAUUUUUGGGUUACGGCAUUUAUGUUGAUUGUUAUUCCGCUUUCAUUCCUACGAAGACUAGACUCGUUGAAAUAUACCAGCAUUAUCGCCUUGAUCUCGAUUGGAUACCUUGUCAUUUUGGUUGUCGCCCAUUUUAUCAAGGGAGAUACCAUGGCAAACCGUGGCCCUAUCCAUCUAAUUGAAUGGCAGGGACUGAUUUCGGCCUUGAGUGUUUUCCCAGUGAUAGUGUUUGCUUACACUUGCCACCAAAAUAUGUUCUCGAUCCUCAAUGAGAUCGCCAAUGAUAGCCAUUAUAGAACAACAAGCGUUAUCGUAACGUCGAUCGGCAGCGCCGCAGCAACCUACGUACUCGUCGGUGUAACUGGGUAUCUUUCCUUCGGUGAUACCAUUGGCGGGAAUAUUGUCGGAAUGUACGCACCAUCAUUAGCAUCGACCAUUGCGCGUGCCGCCAUCGUCAUCCUUGUCAUAUUUUCCUACCCUCUGCAAAUUCAUCCCUGCAGAGCAUCCAUAGACGCAGUCUUGAAAUGGCGGCCAAACAGGUAUAAGCCAUCUGGGACUCAUUCUCCCAAUCGAAACCCUCUCAUACCAAGAACCAGCCCACCAAACGAAGGGAUGAGCGAUAUGCGCUUUGCGAUUAUCACAACCGUGGUUAUCGUACUGAGUUACAUAGUUGCCAUGACCGUUUCAUCUCUUGAAGCUGUACUGGCAUAUGUCGGUGCUACUGGAAGCACAAGCAUCAGUUUCAUCCUUCCAGGGCUGUUUUACUACAAGAUUUCAUCUCCCGAGUCCGCCGCACACCAGCGCCUGAUGAAAGAAGAUGAUGAACUUGCAGCAGAGGAAAACGCAGAUGGAAUAGAUCCGGCUUCGGGCGAUGCAGCCCAGAGCCUUCUUGGACGGUCCUAUGCUCGAUUCAUGUCCCGGUCUACCAGCCAAUGGCGUCGAGGGCUUCUUCGAAAGCUGAGUUUGGGCCUCGUAGUAUACGGAGUCGUGGUCAUGGUCGUAUGCCUGGUCACAAACACCUUCUUUUUAGCAUCAGACAUUAAGGGUUAA